CGUAAAGUUGGCACCCAAGUCACGGCUUAGGCGGACAAGCCGUUAGAUAACCCGUGAGAUGAGCCAAAAAGUCGUGAGAUGGCUAAAAGUUCCAGAAAGUUUUUCUUGCCCCAUGACCUGUCUCACGAUCUAUCUCACUGCCUGGUUCACGACCACCACAUCCCACGGCUUAAGCCGCGACUUACUUGUUUCACGACUGGAAGUCGAAUCGACGUAUUUAAGUGAAACAACGUGUUUCAAUCUCACAACCUGACUUAUUUGCAACUCUACUCAUAUUUGUCGAUCUGACCCAAACUGCACCCUAUAACAAAAUAUCCAACCUUAACCAGACAUGCUACUGGACCAACAUGAAUAUUGAAAUACUCGCUUUGAACCGGGCAUGGACAUUCCUAAGUGAAAUCACAAUUUCUUGGAGAAAAACCCUUUCUCCUAAGUCCUAUCUAGGAAGCCGGUUCGAGUUUGCUCUGCGAACGAAAGGAAAGUAACCUAGGGCAUGUACUAACUAAUAACAACAAGCGAAGGCACGCAGCAACUUUUCAACAAUAAACCCUCUUGCAGCUGUUCCCGGCUUUUUUCUGCUUAGCAGCAGCCAGCAGCCCUUUCUCUCAACCAGAAAUCCCUAAAAUGGACGACAAACUAGCCGCCGCAAUCGCCGCCGCUCCGGCAAAGGUUCUGACCGAGAUUGUGAAGUUAGCGCAAAGGCAGGGGCGCAAGGGCACAAAGGGAAGCUGGAAGGAGUUCCUCAAUGUCUACGAUAAGAAGUUUGGCUCUUCACUCAGUGAUCCUGGCAAGAGGCCCAAAGACGCUUUGGCUUCUUUCCUUCAAACAUUUAGCGGAGAAGAUGAUUCCAAGUUUGUUGAUAAUGUUCUCAAGUCGCAUUCAAGCCGGGAGGUGUUGCUGCAGAUUGCUAAAGAGGCUUCAGACGAUGUGUCUCCCGAACAGAGGCUGGUUCAUUUAACUCUUGAACAUCCACUUUUCAUGGCGAAGUAUGUGUUCCCAUCAUAUGAAAAGCAGGAUUGGGUUGUAACAAAACCCUGUAAAAUGUCCAAGCUGGUAAAAUCGGAUGAGAUGCUUGCUCUUGAUUGUGAGAUGGUUCUUUGUGAGGAUGGUACUGAUGCUUUAGUGAGAGUCUGUGUUGUGGACCGUGAUUUACAGGUCAAGCUCCACGAGAAAGUAAACCCUUACAAGCCAGUUGCAGAUUAUCGAGCUGAAAUUACUGGAAUCCAUCCUGGAGAUCUGGAUAAUGUUACAUGUUCCUUGAGAGAUAUACAGAAAUCCUUGAAAAAGCUAUUGUCCAAAGGUUCCAUUUUAGUGGGCCAUGGGUUACAUAAUGACCUGCUUGCAUUGAAGUUGGACCACGCAAGAAUUAUAGACACGUCACUUAUCUACAAAAAUUCGGUUGGGCGUGUACCAUCUUUGAGUAAUUUGUGUGAGUCAAUUCUAGGCUAUAAGCUUCGAGAGGAAGGUGCUCCUCACAAUUGCUUAGAUGAUGCACGUACUGCUAUGAAAAUUGUACUGGCUAAGCUCAAGCAUGGAGUUGAUAAAGAAACUCCGUUGCUUGUACCUGAUGAUGAACUUGCUAGGCUGCUCGUUCACAAAAUACCGAGCGCUGUGCCAACCGAAGAACUAAGAAGAGUCUUUCCUGCAAACUUUACUAUUGAGCUAAAGCCACUUAAGAAAGGACAGGGAAAACACUACUCCGUGUUAGCCAUUUUCAAGAAGUUACGAGAGGCACAUGAAGCAUUCCAAAAAGUAGAUGGCUCCAUUGAAAAGGCUGAUUGGGAUCAAUAAAAACUAAGAGGAAUCUGAUUUCCUGUGUCAAUUCCAUUCACAUUUUUAUGUUUGGAAUCAAACAGAAGUGCAAUGGGGAUUCCAAAUCUGCCAUAAGUUGGGAGGAAUUGGAUUGAUGUAAUUGAAAUUAAUGAGUCUCUGUCAUUGUCUGUUUUGUGCAGGAUUCUGCUGGACGCCCACAGAAGCUGGUCACCCUCGUCUCUGACUCAGGAAAAACUACUACUGUUUGUGUACGUCAAAUGGUGCCCGAGGAUUCUCUCCAGGAUCAGCAGCAAAAGAGAGCUCUGGAACUCGAGGACCGCAGUGGUCAAAAGAAGCGAAAAACGGAUCAGUCAUCUGAAGAUGGUCACCACCUGGAAGAGAUCGAAAGAUUGAAGCAAGAACUAAGAGUCCAAGGUGAAGCUCACUUGAAAGAAACUGAAAGAUUGAAACAAGAACUGGAGGAGAAAGAUGUCAAGAAUCAUUGCGACGACCACUUGAAAGAGAUGGAAAAACUGAAGCAACAUAUACGUGCGAAAGACCUCGAAAUUGCUACCCAGGACAAGAUCAUUGCUGAUCUCAAACAGAAAUUGAAUGACGCGAAGACCACUAAGAAGGGACGGUAACGGUUUUAAACUCGUGGAGAGGAUUUUGUUACUGUUAUCCGCUUUUAUCGUGUCUUCGAUAUUCCCCACAAUUUUGAACCGGAGUUGGUUGAUUUAGUAUUGAAGUUUGUCGUUGAUGAAGCGUCCUGUAACAUUUAACUGAAGGAAAGAUUUAGAUCACUCUCUUCAAAUUAUCAUGGUUCAUGAGG